AUGUUCCAGGGCGCGGAUGGCCAACCUGGCGAGUUGAGCUCCAGAUCCAUGAAGCCCCCCAGAGGAGAAUCAAGCGAUCUUUUUGGAAGUCCAGAAGAAGGUAUUCCUUCAAGCAAGCCUAAUAGGAUGGCAUCUAAUAUUUUUGGACCAACUGAAGAACCUAAAAACAUACCCAAGAGGACAAAUCCUCCAGGAGGCAAAGGAAGUGGGAUCUUCGAUGAAUCAACUCCUGUGCAAACUCAACAACGUCUGAAUCCACCCGGUGGGAAGACCAGUGACAUAUUUGGGUCCCCAGUCACUGCCACUGUGCCUCUGGCACACCCAAACAAGCCCAAGGAUCAUGUUUUGCUGUGUGAAGGCGAAGACUCUAAGUCUGACCUGAAAGCUACAGCAAACUCCACACCCAGAGGACAGCAGGGCGAGAAAGGAAGCUCAAAAGAAGCGGAGCGUGCAAAGAUACCAGAGCCCACACCCACGGUUGACAGUCAUGAGCCCAGACUGGGGCCAAGACCUCGCUCCCACAACAAAGUCCUGAACCCACCAGGAGGCAAAUCCAGCAUCUCCUUCUAUUGAGAGGCUCCUGCUCUGCCUGUAAUUAGAUCAGACAGAGAUAGGGCAUUGAAUG